CGACUCGACAAUUAAGAUCACGUCAUUUCGUCAUUUCGACCAGUCCCAUGCUUAAACAACUGUAGGGAGCCACCUUAAAAGUCUUCAACCCAUUUUCGGUUGCACUUUUUAUCUUGACGGUGAUUGGCUUAAUUCUGCACGUUUACUUCCUUAUUUGGUAAACAAAUUAAAAAUACUGCAUUAUGAUUGGUUCCUUUAUAUUGUACGUUGUUUUCUUGCAAAAAAAGUUUCCCGCCUUUUUUAUAUACCUUUGGUUCAUGGCCAUAACUACUCUGUGUCUUAGCUCUACUUUGUCCUCGCACAAGGAAAACUCAAGUUUCGGCAAUGUUUUGUCCAGCAGGACCUUCGCGUAGAUAUUCUGACAACGAGACGCAGGAAAAUAACGAGUAAGUUGAACCUAAUAUUUCCUACUUUUCCUUUGCGUAUUUUUCGCUCAGAGGAGUCAGGAGUGAUUUCUUAUAUGUUUUUUAGUUCAUUCACAUCGGCCCCGGGCUCGCCAACCAUACAUACGAACCUUCGUGGCCAAAUAAACAGACAGCCUUUCGCUGCAGGUAAUUUUCAAAGUUUAGCAAUUAGAAUUUAUUAUUUUAAAAGUUGAACGUAACAAUUAAAAUUUAAUUUAAAGUUUAUAUCUACUUUUUAGGUCCGUCCCCAGAAGUUAAAUAUUUAAAAUUUAAUUAUAUCUUUUUGUCACCGGCUCCCGUGUAAAAAACGUCCGCCCACCCCAGCCAAGUUUUUCUGUUUAAAAUUAAUUGUAUUAAAUUAUUAAAUAAAAAUGGCGCUUAAUGGCCGUGGUGGCAGGAUGGAAAACAGGAAAAGUUGUCUUGUCGUUCAAUGCCGUAUUCGUUCAAUGUCGUAUUCCGGGGAUAUAUGUGGAGCAUAGCUAUUGAUUGGUAGUUUAAUAACAGCUUCCACCUUUCCGGCUUCUUUAUGAUGCCGAGCUGCAUACUUUUCAAAAGGAAAAAUGUUUUGAGGCCACGACAAAUCGACAAUAUGGUAAGAUGAUUUCCACUCCGUUCAGCUCAUAACAAAGGGACCCCCAGAUAUAAACAUUGCUCAAAUUUUGCAUCUUUCGAACCUUUUUGAAUUGAAACGUAGAGUUUAUAUUCAUUUACAAGCAUAGCGAACCAGAAAAGUGUUAUAUAUUCAGUCAGUAUUAUUUUACAAAUAAAGCAGUUCAAACCAGUGAACUCUAAUAAUAACUGGAAGGCUGAGUCAGGGGGGGAAGUUGAAGCCGUGCUUGAAGCUUUUUUUGUGGGUACACCCAGUCCUUUUUACAUUUUUUUUUCAAAAUAUGCACAUUUUUCGAUCAGAAAAAUCUUGCCCCAAAAUAUUAGUUAUACUACCAAAUUUAAUUUAUAUCAGUAGUAUUAUAAAUGAAUUUAAUAUUCACAAAGCAAAAAAAUCACGUAUUAGCAAAAAAAUACGAAAAAACAUGACCAUAAGCAUGAACGGUUAGAAAAACCGCGCGUUUUAGGCUGCUUUUUCUGAGUUUUUGGAAGUUUAAGAUAAAACUAAGACGUCAUACCUCAGGAAUUAUUUAAACCCAUGCAAAAUACAUCUGUAUGCGAAGUUUCAAGAAGAUUGAACGUUUUAAGGUCGAAAAAAAAGCAUUUGAAAAUUGACAAAAAUAUUGCCAUAUUCAAAGUGCUCAUAGUGGCCAACAAGAUGCCGAUGACGAAAAUAACAUCACUUGAAAAACGCCAAUUUAUUUAUGUUUAAGAGCGACUAAAACAAGGACUAAAAGCUCAGGAUCAACAACAAUACCUGGGGUUUAGUACAACAUAAGUUUUGGGACUGUCAAAAUGUUUUAUAGUAUAUAUUUUUGAGUUGAACGGCGAGAUUUCCUUCGGCACGUCCAAACUUUCGUCAUUUUUUCAAAAUACAAAAGCAAAAUUCCUUACUUUUUGCUGCAGAGAGAUGUAAAACAGUCGGAACUAAUCGGAAGCUUGGUUUAAAUCUCAAUCAUUGUUGUAUUCCCAUGGGAAAAGUGUUUUUCUUGCAAAUUUUUGCUCGAAAACAAACUUUUGACAGAAUUUUUUUCACUCCUCGAAACUCUCCUUAGUCCUUUUGAAAGCUGAUUUUCCCGCGCGCCGGCUUCAACGAAUCAUAGACUUUCAUCAUAGGAGUUAGCCUUCCAGUUAUUAUUAGAGUUCACUGGUUCAAACGUAAACAAAGUUCGCGCAUGCGCACAGGAGUGGACAUCAUCUUUAAAGAUUGUGAACGAUAUUUUUAAGUCCUUAUUCAUUGCAUUUCGUUUCACCUUUAAUAGAAGUAACCGAGCAGUUGAAGUUGUUAACUAACGAUGUUAAAGACGUCAAACGAACGCUGCAAGUUAUAACUGAGGCACAGGAAGAAAUUUUGGGAAUUGUAAAGAAAUUAAAGCAUAGCCAAGAAUCACAGCAAUUUGAUUGUGCAAAAUGCUGUCAUACUGUAAGUAGCAUAUGCCAAUUAGUAAUAUUGCUAAUGUUGUACAUAUUAACCACAGGUCACUACUCUAUCAAAACGAUAGGAUGUGUCUAUCCUAUCUGUCAAAAGCGUACUCAUUUUAAAGACCCCCCCCCACCCUAUUAACCCAUUAAGCGCCAGCGCUCUUCCCUUGACAAGUAAAAUCGUCUGGCGUUGGACAGGGUAAAAUACUACAGUAGGCUGCAUCGCGGUACAUCGCCACUCAAUGGGUUAACUAGACACAUGGGCAGAUAGGCCAGUUAACCCAUUAAGUGCCAUCUGGCACUCUUCCCUUGACGAGUAACAUCGUCUGGCGUUGGACAGAGUAAAAUACUAAAGUAGGCUGCAUCGGGGUGCAUCGCCACUCAAUGGGUUAAGGACAAUAAUUGCCACUUUACUGCUGAAGAAUUUUGUUGUGCAAGAGAUACCCCGAAGAAUUCCUGUUAAUAGCAUUAGCCUUUUUUCCAUUCAUUACGCUGUUCAAUGAAAUCAACUUGCAUGCUGGCUGCACAUCAUAAAUACUCUCAACCAUUUUAUAUUUUAUAAAUAUGAUGUAAACAGCCGCAACGUUUUUGCAAGUUGAUUUGGAGUGAUUACAAAAGAGUCCUCACUCUCUGAAGAAAUUGUUGUUCACCCUUGAAGUUGAACAUUUUUAAAUAUCUUACAUAGGAAAACAUCAACCAACUUCUUGGAAAAUUCUAUGCCACAAAGGGUCGAUAUGGGGUUGAAUGUCCAGAUAAAGAGGUUGGUCCUGAAAGCUGCCACCAUCCCUUGUUGUGUAAAUCCUGAAAAACUACAGGUUUUUCUCUAUUAGCAUUGCAUGUAAUAUUUAUCAUACACAAGAGGCUGUUUAGUAUUUGAUUCCAAAAUGCAUUUCUCAGGUUUGUUUAUGGUUACUUAUUAGCUCUAAACAAGGUCUCCAAAGUUGAUUUCUUUUGUAUUCUUUGGUGGCGCAGUCGUCAGAGCAAGCGCCUGUCACAUCUAAAUUCUAAAAACUUGGGUUCAAUUCUCGCUACGGACUAAUGUGUGGACUUAUGUGAAAAGAGUCAAUGCUCUGCUGAAAGUUAUGGGUUUUCAGUCUGGUCACUCUGCUUUCCUCCCACAGGGAAAGUUGACAGGGUGGGUUAAUUAGGAAGAACAUAGUUAGGAAAGUAAUAUCUCAGUUGUUGUAAAGAUAAAUAGUCUAGGCAAUGUAGGUAGACUGUAUAAGUAAUCAUGAUAACACUUGAUGUAAUUGGUUUCUGAAAAGCCCCGAUGGGGAGUGAGCUGAAUAAUGUAUAGUAUAAUAAUUUAGGUUAGUGAGUUUAGAAUGGUAAUUACAUCUUUGACACUUUGUUUAAAUUCUGGUGUUAAUUCAUUAUAGAGAGCUUUGAAGCUGGAAUUUUCAAAUUCCCCGACUGGCAUGACCUGCCAAGAACUGAUGAUCAGGUUCAGAAAGUAUGAAAAUGCCAAAUUUUCAUACUGGAGAAGUGAGGAAAGGCGACGGGUAGUUAUAAUUGAACAUUGACUUCCUUUGGAACAAAUUUUACACUAAUUAUAAUAAUUUGUAAGCUGUCAUUCAUUGCCUAGUACUGUAUUGUUUGAUUUCCUCAUGUAGCUUCUUGGUAUUGCUGGGAAUGAUUGGCUUUUGGGUGCACCCACAGAUACUCUCACAGAUAAGAUUAUUCAUCUCAUUGGGCACAAGCACACUGGGUGCAACAAACCACAGUUACUUAAGGAGAUUAUUGUUGCAGUAAGUAAUACCCAAAUGUAGCUUUUGGUGUGCAUGGAGUAGAUUUAAGGCCAUCACAGCCCAACGCUAUCUUUAAUUACCCUGGCCAUUAAUGUGUAGAUACAGUGCAUGCCGUCCUGAUCAGUAUUGUAGCACCCUUUGUGGACUAAGUUGCAUGUAGUCUUCAUGUACACACAAAAGCGUGACAGUAUACACUUAAAAACCUGACAACUUGUCAACAAGAUGUGUUCACAACAGGCUUGUAUAUAGCAAGCUUGUCAAUUAACAAGUUGUAACAAUGCUGUUAUUUUAUCAAGUUGCUUGUCACUCACAAUUUGUUGACUCACAAUUUGUUGACAAAUUGUUGAAUUGCAGGAAGAUUCCAGUUUUUAGAACAACUUGUAACAAGUCUGUUGAGUUCAACAACCUUGUAGCAAGUUGUCAACAAGCCAUUGACAACUUGUCAACAAGCUGGGAACAAGCAGUGCGAACACAUCUGUUGAUGGAACAGCAUUAAUUCCUACAAUUAGUCUGCUGCAAGUUUGUUACAACUUGUGCGUUUUUACGUGCAUGUGUCGUCUUCAUAUGUGCACGCAAAAUUUGCGUAUCUUUGUGCAGUAAAUUUCAUAACUACGUCUACUGUACACAAAGCUUCGUGUAGUUUGACUACACGCAAAAGUCGGCAAGUUGACUGCACGCAAACUUCGUGUAGUUUGACUACAGAAAGCGUCUAUAGCACUUUGAGUGUAGUGCAUGGAGUUUGCAUGUAAUCUACGUUGCGUGUACACGAAGACUACACGCAAUUUAGUCCACCAAGAGUGUUAUAAUACUUCAGGACGGCACUCUAGGAGGCUUAUAAGUAUAAUGAUGUGAUUUUAUCUCUGGGAAUAAUAGCAUCAUUCUGCAAUAAGGAAUGAUGGAAGAACAUAAUGCAACCUCUAGGUCCCUAUACAUUCAAUGGUAUCUGAUUGUUCAGAAUAGGGUGCUUACUAUUAACUCAAGAUUUUGUUUUCUACAGCGAAAAUAUAUCAGAGAAAUUACAGUGGAGAGAGCCCGAAAGCUUAAGGGCUUCUGGAGUUCAUUUUACUCGUGGAAGACAAAUAAAUGGCCAAACGGCAUUUCUCAGGAAGACUGGAAUGUCCUUCAUCACGAAGAUAAAAUUAGCUAUCAAGAAGAGUAGUAACAUUCUUAACUUAUAUAAUACCAUUCCAUUUCUCGACAUUUGUUAAGAAGUCCCUGACUGUUUUUCUACAUCUAAAGCCCGAAUGAAAGGGCACGAGUUUCGGCAGUAGGCGAUCUUGGUUUGCUAUUCUAAUGCUUUGGAACACUCAUCAAACCCCUUUGUUAACGUAGCUACUUGAAAUGUCCCAUGAUGUGACUAUUUGUGACUAUACCAUGCAAGUGCCAACUCUCAUCAACUUUCAUUAUUGUUUGACCAGGGCUUAAUUGAAAAGGCGCCCUUGAAAAUUAUACAAAAUCUGUUAAAAGUGAAACUUUGAAAAGUGCUUGAAAAUCACACA